AUGGCGCUGAAGGAGCCUGGAUCACAAAAAUCUGAUUACAAGAACUGUGUUAUUGCUGGCCCCACUCCCACUGCAUUAUAUGGUGCUGUUGCUGGCCCCACUCCCACUGUACUAUAUGGUGCUGUUGCUGACCCCACUCCCACUGUACUAUAUGGUGCUGUUGCUGGCCCCACUCCCACUGUACUAUAUGGUGCUGUUGCUGGCCCCACUCCCACUGUAUUAUAUGGUGCUGUUGCUGACCCCACUCCCACUGUACUAUAUGGUGCUGUUGCUGGCCCCACUCCCACUGUACUAUAUGGUGCUGUUGCUGGCUCCACUCCCACUGUAUUAUAUGGUGCUGUUGCUGACCCCACUCCCACUGUACUAUAUGGUGCUGUUGCUGGCCCCACUCCCACUGUACUAUAUGGUGCUGUUGCUGGCCCCACUCCCACUGUACUAUAUGGUGCUGUUGCUGGCCCCACUCCCACUGUACUAUAUGGUGCUGUUGCUGACCCCACUCCCACUGUACUAUAUGGUGCUGUUGCUGGCCCCACUCCCACUGUACUAUAUGGUGCUGUUGCUGGCCCCACUCCCACUGUACUAUAUGGUGCUGUUGCUGGCCCCACUCCCACUGUAUUAUAUGAAGCUGUUGCUAGCCCCACUCCCACUGUAUUAUAUGAAGCUGUUGCUGGCCCCACUCCCACUGUACUAUAUGGUGCUGUUGCUGACCCCACUCCCACUGUAUUAUAUGAAGCUGUUGCUAGCCCCACUCCCACUGCAUUAUAUGGUGCUGUUGCUGGCCCCACUCCCACUGUAUUAUAUGGUGCUGUUGCUGACCCCACUCCCACUGUAUUAUAUGAAGCUGUUGCUAGCCCCACUCCCACUGUAUUAUAUGGAGCUGUUGCUAGCCCCAACCCUACUGUAUUAUAUGGUGCUGUUGCUGGCCCCACUCCCACUGUAUUAUAUGGUGCUGUUGCUGGCCCCACUCCCACUGUACUAUAUUGUGCUGGUGCUAGUUAUAUUUUGAAUGGGGAGUUCGUAUAA